GCCGCAGGGGCCGUCUGCCCACCCGCGUCACCGCCCUCCGCUGUUCCGGCUCCGUCCUACCAGCCACAGCCCCGCCAUGGUGCUGGAGUCGGUGGUCGCGGACCUGCUGAACCGCUUCCUGGGGGACUACGUGGAGAACCUCGACAAGUCGCAGCUGAAACUGGGCAUCUGGGGCGGCAAUGUGGCUUUAGAUAAUCUACAGAUAAAAGAAAAUGCUCUGAGUGAAUUGGAUGUUCCUUUUAAAGUCAAGGCUGGACAAAUUGGUAAAUUAGCUUUGAAGAUUCCUUGGAAAAACCUUUAUGGAGAAGCAGUUGUUGCGACUCUUGAGGGAUUAUACCUGCUUGUUGUCCCUGGAGCAAGUAUUAAGUAUGAUCCUGAGAAAGAAGAAAAAUCCUUGCAGGAUAUUAAACAGAAAGAGCUAUCCCGAAUUGAAGAAGCCCUUCAAAAAGCAGCAGAGAAGGGCGCACAUUCAGGGGAGUUCAUAUAUGGCUUGGAAAACUUGAUUUACAAGGACGUCAAGCCUGGACGUAAGCGUAAAAAGCACAAAAAACAUUUUAAGAAACGUUUUAAAGGUCUUGAUCGCUCAAAAGAUAAGCCAAAAGAACCCAAAAAGGAUACAUUUUUGGAAAAAUUGGCAACUCAAGUAAUAAAAAAUGUACAAGUAAAAAUCACAGACAUUCACAUUAAAUAUGAAGAUGAUGUCACUGAUCCAGAGCGGCCGCUUUCAUUUGGUGUUACCCUGGGAGAACUUAGUCUACUGACUACAAAUGAGCAAUGGACCCCGUGCAUAUUAAAUGAAGCAGAAAAAAUUAUAUACAAGCUUAUACGACUUGACAGUCUCAGUGCUUACUGGAAUGUAAACUGCCACCUGUCCUACCAGGGAUUCCGGGAACAGAUCUUGGAUCAACUGAAAAAUGAAAUACUUACAAGUAGAAAGAGACCCCCAAACCAUCAAUACAUUUUCCAGCCAAUAUCAGCCUCUGCAAAACUCUACAUGAAUCCUUAUGCAGAAGCAGAACUCAAAACACCCAAACUAGAUUGGAACAUAGAAGUGCAGAAUAUUGCCAUUGAGCUGACCAAGCCUCAGUACUUAAGUAUGAUUGACCUUUUGGAGUCAGUGGAUUAUAUGGUUAGAAAUGCCCCUUAUAGGAAAUACAAACCUAAUUUACCACUUCACACCAAUUGUAGACAAUGGUGGAAAUAUGCCAUUGAUUCUGUUCUUGAAGUUCAUAUAAGAAGAUGUACACGGAUGUGGUCAUGGUGCAACAUAAAGAAACAUAGAGAGUUACUCAAGAGUUAUAAAACUGCCUACAAGAAUAAGCUAACUCAGGCUAAAGUCUCAGAAGAAAUACAGAAACAAAUUCAGGACCUGGAGAAGACUUUAGAUGUUUUUAACAUAAUUUUAGCAAGGCAGCAAGCACAAGUUGAGGUGAUUCGAUCUGGGCAGAAAUUAAGGAAAAAAUCUACUGACACAGGGGAGAAACGGGGAGGCUGGUUUAGUGGGUUUUGGGGAAAGAAGGAGUCUAAGAAAAAAGAUGAAGAAUCUAUGAUUCCUGAAACUAUCGAUGACCUUAUGACCCCAGAGGAGAAAGAUAAACUCUUCACUGCCAUUGGGUAUAGCGUGAGCACUCAUAACUUGACCUUGCCCAAGCAGUAUGUUGCCAAUAUAAUGACCCUGAAGUUAGUAAGCACCUCUAUUGUAAUCAGAGAAAACAAAAAUGUUCCAGAAAUACUGAAAAUCCAGAUAAUUGGCCUGGGCACCCAAGUAUGUCAGCGACCAGGAGCACAAGCACUUAAGGUAGAAGCAAAGUUAGAACACUGGUAUAUAACAGGUCUGAGACAGCAAGAUGUUAUACCAUCCCUUGUGGCUUCAAUUGGUGACACUGCAUCAUCCUUGCUUAAAAUUGAGUUUGAAACCAAUCCAGAGAACAGCCCUGCCGACCAGAUGCUGAUCGUCCAGUCUCAGCCAGUGGAGAUCAUCUACGAUGCUAAAACUAUCAAUGCAGUGGUUGAUUUCUUUCAAUCAAAUAGGGGAUUGGAUCUUGAGCAAAUAACAUCAGCUACAUUGAUGAAGCUGGAAGAAAUUAAAGAGAGAACAGCUACAGGACUAACACAUAUUAUUGAGACUCGAAAAGUCCUUGAUUUAAGGAUAAAUCUAAAGCCUUCUUAUCUAAUAGUUCCAGAAACAGGUUUCCACCAUGAAAAGUCAAAUCUUCUCAUUUUGGAUUUUGGUACAUUUCAGCUAAACAGUAAAAAUCAAGCUCUACAGAAGACUACUAAUUCAUCUCUGGAAGAAAUAAUGGAUAAAGCAUAUGACAAGUUUGAUGUUGAAAUAAAGAAUGUGCAGCUACUCUUUGCAAGAGCAGAGGAAAACUGGAAAAAGUGUCGCUUCCAGCAUCCAUCAACUAUGCAUAUAUUACAGCCCAUGGAUAUUCAUGUGGAGUUGGCCAAGGCAAUGGUAGAAAAAGAUGUUAGAAUGGCCAGAUUUAAAGUAUCAGGAGGACUUCCUCUGAUGCAUGUGAGAAUUUCUGACCAGAAGAUGAAAGAUGUGUUGUGUUUGAUUAACAGUAUACCUUUGCCACAGAAAUCAUCUAUGCCAUCUCCAGAGAGGAAGGUAUCGUCAAUUCCUGUUACUUCAGGUGGGACGAAAGGUCUACUUGGUACUUCACUGUUGUUAGAGGGAAUGGAUUCAGAGUCUGACGAUGAGUAUUUUGAUGCUGAAGAUGGGAAUGUACAGGCUGCUAAAAGUAUGCAAAGCUCAGAGCUGAAAAAAGCUGCAGAGGCUCCAAAUGAGGAGCUUAUUAAUCUUCUACUCAAGUUUGAAGUUAAAGAAGUAAUUUUGGAAUUUACUAAACAACAGAAAGAAGAAGAUACAAUUCUAGUAUUUAAUGUUACUCAGUUAGGAACAGAGGCUACAGUGAGAACAUUUGACCUCACUGUGGUGUCUUAUUUAAAGAAGAUCAGCUUGGAUUACCAUGAAAUUCAAGGAUCUAGAAAAAAGCCUCUUCACUUGAUUAGCUCUUCUGACAAACCUGGAUUAGAUCUUUUAAAAGUAGAGUAUAUUAAGGCUGAUAAGAAUGGACCUAGUUUUCAGACUACUUUUGAAAAAACUGAACAGACAUUUAAGGUGGCCUUUUCAUCUUUGAAUUUGUUGCUACAAACCCAAGCUCUUCUCUCUUCUAUUAACUACCUGACAGCCAUCAUUCCAUCAAACGGGCAGAACACAGGCGUCCCCACAGAGGUGCAGAUAUCAGCCGAGAAGCAAAAAAAUUCGUCUCUGCAGAAAGUGAUUGUAUCGUCUAAAGAUAGUGACAUUAUUGGCUUCAGGCUAUUUGCCAAGUUGAAUGCUUUCUGUGUCACUGUUUGCAAUGAGAAGAACAAUAUUGCUGAAAUCAAAAUACAAGGCCUCGAUUCUUCCCUUUCUCUUCAGUCAAGGAAGCAGUCACUUUUUGCCAGAUUGGAAAAUAUCAUUGUCACAGAUGUUGAUCCUAAGACAGUUCAUAAAAAAGCUGUGUCAAUAAUGGGAAAUGAAGUUUUUCGUUUUAACUUGGAUUUGUACCCAGAUGCUACUGAAGGGGAUUCGUAUGCUGACAUGUCCAAAGUGGAUGGUGUGGUAUCAUUGAAUGUUGGCUGUAUUCAGAUUGUCUAUCUUCAUAAAUUCCUUAUGUCACUUCUGAAUUUCCUGAACAAUUUCCAGACAGCCAAAGAGGCUCUAAGCACUGCCACUGCCCAGGCUGCAGAAAAGGCUGCCACAAGUGUGAAAGAUCUUGCCCAGAGGAGUUUUCGCUUUUCUGUCAACAUUGAUUUGAAAGCCCCUGUUAUUGUCAUCCCACAGUCUUCUGUUUCCACCAAUGCUGUCGUGGUGGACCUUGGUUUAAUCAGAGUUCAAAAUCAUUUCAGUCUUGUGUCUGGUGAAGACUCUGUAAAUCCUCCUGUGAUUGAUAGAAUGGAUGUGCAGCUCACAAAACUGAAGCUUUCUAGGACAGUGAUCCAGCCAGGCACCUCCCAUCCUGAUAUUCAGCUGUUGCACCCAAUUAACUUGGAGUUUUUUGUGAAUCGGAAUCUAGCUGCAAAUUGGUACCAUAAGGUGCCUGUUGUGGAAAUUAAAGGACAUCUUGACACAAUGAAUGUCAGUCUAAAUCAAGAAGAUCUGAAUGUUUUGUUUAGAAUACUAGCAGAAAAUCUUGGGGAAGUUCCUGAAGACUUAGAUAAGGCGAAACCAAGACUACCAGAGUUAGGUGAAGUCAAAGAGCCCCAUGAAAUCUCUGUAUCACAGAAUUUACAAGCUUCACAAGAUACUUCAACAGCUGGACGAGAAGAGAUUACAUCUGUAGACAUCAUUAAUGUACUGCUGAAUUUUGAAAUUAAAGAGGUUGUGGUUACAUUGAUGAAAAAAGCAGAAAAGAAUGGAAGGCCGGUGCAUGAACUAAAUGUCCUGCAGCUUGGAGUGGAAGCCAGAGUUAAAGCCUAUGACAUGACUGCUGAAGCCUAUCUAAAACAAAUUAGCAUGCAAUGCUUUGAUUUCACUGACUCGAAAGGAGGCCCACUGCAUAUUGUGAGCUCCUCUCACGUGACUGAUGAGCCACUCCUGAAAAUGGCCUGGACCAAGGCAGACAGCAAUGGACCAGAAUUUAGAACUGUUCAUGACAAUACCAAACAGAGACUAAAGGUUUCAUUUUCAUCCUUAGACUUAGUGCUUCAUUUGGAAGCUUUACUUUCCCUUAUGGAUUUGUUGUCAUCUGCUGUUCCAUCUUCUGAGUCGUCUUCUUCUCAAAAGGAAUCUGAGCUAAAACCACUUAUGGGAGAGUCCAGAAGUACUGCCGUCAAAGCUGUAUCCAGUACCAUUUCUAAAGAGGAUGUGUUUGAGUUAAAGAUCACAGCUGAAUUAGAUGCUUUUAAUGUCUUUGUUUGUGAUCAGAAGUGCGCUAUAGCUGAUAUUAAAAUACAUGGAAUGGAUGCCUCUGUUUCUGUGAAGCCAAAGCAGACCAAUAUGUUUGCCAGACUUCAGAAUAUCAUAGUUACAAAUGUUGAUUCGCAGUCCAUUCACAAAAAGGCUGUCUCUAUUUUGGGAGAUGAAGUCUUCAGGUUCCAAAUGACUCUGUAUCCAGAUGCCACAGAAGGACAGGCCUAUGCUGACGUGUCUAAAGUAGAUGGCAGACUUAGUCUCAAAGUGGGUUGUAUUCAGAUCGUUUAUGUUCAUAAAUUCUUCAUGUCUCUUUUGAAUUUCCUCAACAACUUCCAAACUGCCAAGGAAGCCUUGAGCGCAGCCACGGUGCAGGCUGCAGAGAGAGCUGCUUCCAGCAUGAAGGACUUGGCCCAGAAGAGCUUCCGCCUUUUAAUGGAUGUGGACUUGAAAGCGCCAGUUAUUAUUAUUCCUCAGUCUUCAGUAUCACCGAAUGCUGUUGUAGCAGAUCUGGGUUUAAUCAGAGUGGAAAACAACUUUAGCUUGCUUCCUAAGGAACAUUACUCUCUUCCCCCCAUCAUUGAUAAAAUGAAGAUACAACUCACUCAGUUGAAGCUAUCCAGAACUAUUUUGCAGGCUGAAUUGCCACAGCAUGACACUGAAAUUUUAAAACCAGUAAACAUGCUUUUGUCUAUACAACGAAAUUUAUCAGCAACAUGGUAUAUGCAAAUUCCAGGGAUAGAGGUAAAAGGAAAACUCAGACCUAUGCAGGUUGCUCUCAGUGGAGAUGACUUGACAGUUUUGAUGAAAAUUUUGCUGGAAAAUCUUGGAGAAGCUUCUUCCCGGCCAAGCCCUACACAGCCUGCGCAGGAGGCUGUGAGAGUGAGGAAAGAUGUUCCAAGUGGGGCGGACCACCUGAGAGAACAAGAAGAUCUGACAGACAUAAAGCCUUCAGUGGACCAGAAUGUCACGCUCCAAUUUGACUUUCACUUUGAAUCUCUUUCCAUUAUCCUUUAUAACAGUGAUAUCAAUCAGGCGUCCAAACUGUCCUUUCAUAAUGAGAGUUUCCGUCUUGGUGAGCUCAGACUAUAUCUGAUGGCCUCCGUGGGGAAGAUGUUCAAGGAUGGCUCAAUGAAUGUCAGCCUUAAACUGAAGACGUGCACCCUGGAUGAUCUCAGAGAAGGCAUUGAGAGAGCAACGUCGAGGAUGAUUGACAGAAAGAAUGACCAAGAUAACAAUAGUUCUAUGAUUGAUAUAAGUUACAAACAAGACCAAAAUGGAAGUCUAAUUGAUGCUGUCCUUGACAAACUGUAUGUAUGUGCCAGUGUGGAGUUUUUGAUGACUGUGGCAGAUUUUUUCAUCAAAGCUGUGCCUCAGAGUCCAGAAAAUAUGGCAAAAGAAAUACAGGUUCCAUCAAGACAGACUGCCACAGGGAAAGUCAAGACAGAGAAAGAUGAUUCUGCAAGACGAAACGUGACAUUGAAGGCCAUGAUCACAGACCCGGAAGUGGUGUUUGUUGCCAACCUGACCAGGGCUGAUGCUCCUGCACUGACAGCUUCCUUCCAGUGUAACCUCUCUCUGUCAGCGUCCGGGCUGGAGCAGAUGAUGGAAGCUUCUGUGAGAGAUCUGAAAGUGCUCGCUUGCCCUUUCCUCAGAGAGAAGAGAGGGAAAACCAUUACCACAGUCUUACAGCCAUGCUCUUUAUUUAUGGAAAGAUGUACCUGGGCCUCAGGAAAGCAGAAUAUAAAUAUUAUGGUUAAAGAAUUUAUAAUUAAGAUUUCACCCAUCAUUCUGAAUACAGUGAUGACAAUCAUUGCUGCCAUGUCUCCAAAGACAAAAGAGGAUGAAUUGAAAGACACAUCUAAGGAAAUGGAAAAUCUUUGGGGUAUCAAAUCUGUGGAUGAUUAUGACUCUUGGUUUCUUGGUGUUGACAUGGCAACAGAAGCAACCGAAAAUUUCAGAGAGAUGGAUCAUCUGCUGAUAGAGGAAAAUUGUGCUGUUGCUGUGCAGUCAGUGCAAGUCACUCUAGAAUGUGGCCUCGGCCAUCGAACUGUACCUUUAUUAUUAGCAGAGUCCAAGUUUUCUGGAAAUAUCAAAAAUUGGACUUCCCUUUUGGCUGCUACUGCUGACAUGACACUACAGGUUCACUAUUACAAUGAAAUCCAUGCUGUCUGGGAGCCACUGAUUGAGAGAGUGGAGGGGAAGAAACAAUGGAAUUUAAAGCUUGAUGUAAAAAAGAACCCAAUCCAAGAUAAAAGUUUGAUACCAGGAGAUGAUUUUAUUCCCGAGCCCAAAAUGGCAGUUUAUAUUUCUUCACCUCAUACAAUGAAUAUAACAAUAUCCAAAACUUGUCUUAAUGUUUUCAGCAAUUUAGCAAAAGGUUUUUCAGAGGGUACUGCUUCUACUUUUGACUACUCUUUAAAAGACAGGGCUCCUUUUAUGGUCCAAAAUGCUGUAGGUGUUCCCAUUAAGGUGCAGCCUAAUCAUGACCUCAGAGUAAUGGGCUCCCCGGAGAAAAGCAGUGUGUAUCACGUGGGUGCUGGUCAGAAUUUGGAAUUGGAAUAUGCCAGUGUGGAGCCUUCCUCUCAAGGGAAGCUGUCUAUAUUGAACUGCCAGGAAAGCUCCUCCUUCACUCUAACCUUCGUACCACAUGGAUAUACAGAAGUUCCCAAUGUCCCUGUUGCUAGACCUGGACGGCAGUUGUACAAUGUACGGAAUCCCAAUGCUGAUCAUUCUGCCUCAGUCCUGGUACAGAUCGAUGCUACUGAAGGGAAUAAAGUCAUCACCCUCCGCUCUCCUCUGCAGAUCAAAAACCACUUCUCCGUUGCAUUUAUUAUCUAUAAAUUUGUUAAGAAUGUUAAGCUGUUGGAGCGCAUUGGAAUUGUCAGCCCUGAAGAGGAGUUCCAUGUCCCUUUAGAUUCAUACAGAUGUCAGUUGUUUAUUCAGCCAGCUGGAUUCUUGGAGAAUCAGUACAAAGAAUCUACCACCUACAUCCCCUGGAAGGAGGAGCUGCACAGGAGCAGGGAUGUGAGGGGCAGGCUGCAGUGUCCAUCAGUGCAGCUCAGCUUCCUGCCCCUCAUCGUGAACACUGUCGCUGUGCCAGACGAAUUAAGCCACAUCAGUGCGCAAGGGGAAGACUGGGACCCGGCGUACAUUAUUCACCUCUAUCCUUCUCUCACUUUGCAGAAUCUUCUCCCGUAUUCUCUAAGAUACUUACUUGAGGGAACAGCGGAUGCACAUGAGCUAGCGGAAGGCAGUGCAGCUGACGUCCUGCAUUCCCGAAUCAAUGGAGAAGUCAUGGAAUUAGUCCUGGUCAAAUACCUGGGCAAAGACUGGAGUGGACAUUUCCGCAUAUGUGAUACGCUUCCUGAAUUCUUUCUUGUGUGUUUUUCUUCUAACUCCAAAGAAGUAAUGACAGUUGACCUGUCGGUACAUGUCCGCCGAAUUGGCAGCCGAAUGGUGCUGUCUGUCUUUAGUCCCUAUUGGUUAAUCAACAAGACUUCCCGGGUUCUCCAGUAUCGUUCCGAAGAUGUUCAUGUAAAGCAUCCAGCUGAUUUUAGGGACAUUAUUUUAUUCUCUUUCAAGAAGAAGAACAUUUUUAGUAAAAAUAAGGUACAGUUAAAAAUUUCAACUAGUGCCUGGUCCAGUAGUUUCUCAUUGGAUACUGUGGGAAGUUAUGGGUGUGUGAAAUGUCCUGCCAACAAUAUGGAAUAUCUGGUUGGGGUUAGCAUCAACAUGAGCAGUUUUAAUCUCUCACGGAUAGUCACUCUGACUCCCUUCUGCACCAUUGCAAACAAGUCCUCGUUGGAACUGGAAGUUGGUGAGAUUGCAUCUGAUGGCUCAGUGCCAACUAAUAAAUGGAGCUAUAUUGGUUCUUCAGAGUGCCUUCCAUUUUGGCCUGAAAAUCUGUCAGGCAAACUUUGUGUGAGAGUAGUGGGUUGUGAAGGAUCUUCCAAACCGUUCUUUUAUAACCGACAAGAUAAUGGCACUUUAUUGAGCUUAGAAGAACUGAGUGGCGGUAUCUUGGUGGAUGUAAACACUGCAGAACACUCAACUGUCAUAACCUUUUCUGAUUACCACGAGGGGUCUGCACCUGCCCUCCUGAUAAACUACACACCAUGGGACAUCCUCACUUACAAACAGAGUGGAUCAGGGGAGGAAGUAGUCUUAUUGCCAAGACAAGCUCGACUUUUUGCCUGGGCAGAUCCUACUGGCAUCAGAAAACUUAGCUGGACAUAUGCAGCAAAUCAUGGAGAACAUGCUCUGUUGAAGGAUGAAUGUGGCCAGUUUCCAUAUGAUGCAAACAUCCAGAUACACUGGGUAUCAUUCCUAGAUGGCCGCCAGAGAGUUCUGCUUUUCACGGAUGAUGUGGCCUUGGUUUCCAAAGCAUUGCAGGCAGAAGAAAUGGAGCAGGCUGACCAUGAAAUAAUCUUAUCUCUCCACAGCCUUGGGCUCUCACUGGUUAACAAUGAAAACAAGCAGGAAGUUUCAUACAUCGGAAUAACCAGUUCUGGUGUUGUUUGGGAAAUGAAACCAAAACAGAAAUGGAAGCCUUUUAGUCAAAAGCAGAUACUCCUACUGGAACAGUCCUAUCAGAAAUAUCAGGGCUCCCGAGACCGUGGCUGGAUAAAGCUAGAGAAUAAUUUUGAGGUCAAUUUUGAUAAAGUUCCCAUGGAAAUGCGUCUUCCUAUUCGGUGCCCUAUUAAACGAGAUUUUCUAUCAGGAAUUCAGGUUGAAUUUAAGCAGUCUCCUCAUCAGAGGAGUUUAAGGGCCAGGUUGUACUGGCUACAGGUUGAUAAUCAGUUACCAGGCACAAUGUUUCCUGUUGUAUUUCAUCCUGUGGCUCCUCCAAAGUCCAUUGCUUUGGAUUCAGAGCCAAAACCUUUCAUUGAUGUGAGUGUCAUCACAAGAUUUAAUGAGUACAGUAAAGUCCUACAGUUCAAGUAUUUCAUGGUCCUGAUUCAGGAAAUGGCCUUAAAAGUUGAUCAGGGGUUUCUUGGAGCUGUUGUUGCACUGUUUACCCCAAUAACUGACCCUGAUGCUGAAAGCAAACGGACAAAGUUAAUCCAACAAGAUAUUGAUGGUCUAAACACAGAAUUAAUGGAGACUUCAAUGACUGAUAUGUCAAUUCUCAGUUUCUUUGAACAUUUUCAUAUUUCUCCUAUUAAGUUGCAUUUGAGUCUGUCUUUGAGUUCUGGAGAUGAAGAAUCAGAGAAACAGGAAAUGAUUGCAAUUCAUUCUGUCAACCUGCUACUGAAAAGCAUAGGUGCCACUCUGACCGAUGUGGAUGAUCUUAUAUUCAAACUUGCUUAUUAUGAAAUACAAUACCAAUUUUACAAGAGAGAUCAGCUCGUAUGGAGUGUUGUUAGGCACUACAGUGAACAGUUCUUGAAACAGAUGUAUGUCCUUGUGUUGGGCUUAGAUGUUCUUGGAAACCCGUUUGGAUUAAUUAGAGGUCUGUCUGAAGGAGUUGAAGCAUUUUUCUAUGAACCCUUCCAGGGUGCUGUUCAAGGUCCUGAAGAAUUUGCUGAGGGAUUAGUGAUUGGAGUAAGAAGUCUCUUUGGACAUACAGUAGGUGGUGCGGCAGGAGUUGUAUCUCGAAUCACUGGUUCUGUUGGGAAAGGUUUGGCAGCAAUUACAAUGGACAAAGAAUAUCAGCAAAAGAGACGAGAAGAGAUGGGCCGACAGCCUAAAGAUUUUGGAGAUAGCCUGGCCAGAGGAGGAAAGGGCUUCCUGCUAGGAGUUGUUGAUGGAAUGACUGGAAUAAUAAAAAAACCUGUGGAAGGUGCCAAAAAGGAGGGAGCUGCUGGAUUUUUUAAAGGAAUUGGGAAAGGGCUGGUGGGUGCUGUGGCCCGCCCAACUGGAGGGAUCGUUGACAUGGCCAGCAGUGCCUUCCAGGGCAUUCAGAGGGCAGCAGAAUCAGCUGAGGAAGUGUCCAGCCUCCGCCCCCCUCGCCUGAUCCAGGAGGAUGGCAUCAUCCGUCCAUACGACAGACAGGAGUCGGAGGGCUGUGACUUGUUUGAGAAUCAUAUAAAAAAAUUGGAAGGAGAGACUUACCAGUACCACUGUGCUGUUCUUGGAAGCAAGAGUACAGUCUUUAUGGUUACAAAUAGGCGAGUACUCUGCCUAAAGGAAGUUGAGAUAAUGGGCCAUAUGUUUCUAGACUGGCAGUGUCCAUUUGAAGAUUUUGUACUUCCUCCUAGUGUGACAGAGAAUCUGCUCCAGAUUUCAGUUAAGGAGCAAGGUCUGUUCCAGAAAAAAGAUGGUGCCAGUCCAGGCUGUCUUCGGAAAAUUUACCUGAAAGAUACCGCCACAGCACAGAGAGCCUUUUGUGCCAUUGAGAAUGCACAGUCAAGGAGACACCAGCAAAAACUGAUGAAGCAGUCGUCAGUGAAACGUCUCAGGUCCCAAGUACCGUUGUCAUAGUCACCAGUCCCAGAGGGCUGGUAGUGAUGAAAAAAACACCCUUCUGUAUCCUGCUAAAGAGAAGUUUUCAGGCAGUUGUUUAGGUUUAUUAUUUUAGAGUAGCUAAUAUUGGAUUCCUUCUCCAAGCUUUUAGUUUUGAUAGUUAAUUUUGCAAUCAUGUGUAUAUUAGUCCACCUGUAGACUGCCACUUGAAUGGGUCAGACUCGAAGAAAUAUCGCUUCAGACUUGGACUGAAAUUUUCAUUAACACAUGAAGCAAAGGGCAGCAGGUUUAUUUUUAAAGUCUGCUAAAGAAUGAGUUUAGAAUGACUAGUGUGCUCUGAAAGGUUUUAGCCAAAGACGUAUGCUGGACACUUUGACAUUUUGUUUAAAAGUAAUUUGUUCAGUAAUUGAACUGAGAGAACAUUUUUGGUAAACCAGAUAAUUGACUGAAGAAAAGCCACUAAAAGGAGAACUGACAUGUUCGUUCUGUUCUGUUCUUUUCUUUUCUUUCUUCCUUUCUUCCUUCCUUCCUUCCUUCUUUCCUUCCUCCCCCCCCUCUCUGUCUCUCUCUUUCUUUCUUUCUUUCUGUCUUUCUUUGUUUCAUGAAAACAUGAUUUUCUCCUAAUAGCACAAAUUUUGCUUUGGUGCUUAGUUUUCUUCCUUGCACUAGAAAAAAGAAACGUGGGCAAUCACACCUUAAAACAGCUAUACUCAAUUGUCUGUAAUGUAACAUAAAAUUUUAAAAGUUAUUUACAUGCUCUUUUAAGAUGAGCUCAUAUGACAUGGUUGUAAUUUGCUGAUAAAUGAAGACACUGCACUUUAAGUUUUUUGGGACUCAGAAAUAUGUAACAUGCAAUAUUUUUGUAUUUUUAGAAGUUAAAAGACUUUCAAGGACAUCAUCAAUUAACAUUUGAUUCUAGUGCAUACUUAUAAAUGUAUUUUAAAUACUAGGGAAAAUGAAAAAUCACCAGUUGUUUUAUAUAUAAGUAAAGCACAAGUAGGUGUAUAUAACAGUACUGGAGAAGAAAUGUUACAUGUAUCCCUUCCUUUUCCUUGAGCAGGUGUUAGGGCAUCAAUUCAAGACAAUAUAUUUUUAUCCUUUCUGCAUCUUUCUUCAAAGACACAUGACUUUCAAAACUUUUUUAAAAAUACUUGCAAGUAUUUAAUUUGGGAGGACUUUAAGAUUUACUCAUGGUGUUGAACAUAGAAUUUAUUUCAAAUCAUUGAAUCAGUGGUGAAAUGAAGAUGUGCAAAAACUUGAUUUGGUCUCUUUGUUGAUGUGUGGUAUUGGGUCUGUUAUCAUUCAUUGUUCAUGUUUUUUAAGACCUGGCCAUAAAACUAAGAAUGUUCCCCGUGUUGCAGAAGAGAGUGCAGUGAUUACAGCCCUAGAGGUCUGGUUUGUCAUAGUCCUUGCCUUUUCAUCAUUUGUCUUUAAUUUCUGUGAAUAAAAGUAAUAUACAUGUAUAUAAAACUUCUAUCUUUAAAAACCAAGUUUCUGUAUUAGUGGUUAAUGGCAAUUUAUUAAAACAAGACAGUUUUGUACCAGGUAUUCUACUAUUUUGUGUUUUUAAAAAUGACUUAAUCAGGAAUUUGAAAUAAUCUGAUUAUAUUUUCAUAUGGAUCACAACUAUUGACAGUGUCCUAAAUAUUUAGGAAAUUAUAUUGCACUGAUAGUGUAUUCUAUAAGUGGAUGUACAGAAUAUUGAACUAAGAAAAAUUAUAGAAAUCUAUAAACUCAUUAUCUUAGUUGGCUUAGAAAUGAACUAUCUAAUAUUUGCAACAUUUUUGAUGUAAUCCUCUGGAGGAGAAGGAAUCUGUCAGUAAAGUGUAGUAAGGUCUGUCGUAUUUAAAAAAAUACUUUCAAAGUCAAUUACUUGGAUAUAAAUUCUGAGACAAAUAAAACAUUUGAAAUAUUGUUUAUAAGUGUGCAAACUUGUGAGUUUGUGUUAAAUACUCAAGUAAAAAUUUGCUUUUAAUUUUUGUCUUUCUCUUUUCCUCUUCCAAUUUUGCAGUAGUGAGAAGUUAGAUUAAUAAUUGCCUAACUUUAAAAGAUCCUAUUCAGGGAAAGCUUUUUUCCAGAGCCCUUUAACAUCGAGGGUCUGUGGCACAGACCCCAGUGUAGGGGCUGCAAAGAAGGAGCCUGUGCUACACUGUGAAGUCCAUCGCCGCAUUUGCAUUGAGCUGGUGCCUUCCGUGAGUCCUCAGCACCCAUAGGCCUGUUCUGGAUGCUCCCUGUUCACUUUGGCUUGCAGACUCCCCAGUGGCUGGGCAGAACCUUUACACUGCAUGGGAGUAUAGGAUACCUCUCUCCAGUCUCCUUUCUCUUUUCCCUUGCUCCCUCCACUCAUUCUCUCUUUUCUUCUGUCUUUCCCCCUGGGGCUCAGACUACAAGUCUGCAAGCUCCCCCAGUAGGGGAUUAUCCAGUGGGAAGAAGAGGCCCACAGCCUCACUCUGUGGAGUCUAGUAGAGCAGGAGAAUCCACAUCAAGAGAACAGAAAAUCAGAAGAGUAAACGUAAGCUUUGUAAGAAAAGUCUCAUGUAGCAUAAACUUCGUAUGUAUGUUUCGUUUGUUAGUAUUGGCAGCCACGACCGUGCAGCUCUAUACACAGUAAGAUGAACCGCUCCAGAAAGUGACAGGAAUGAUAAUGUAAGUGUCUUCUAAGUGAGGGGGACAGUAUUUUGAGGUGGUUUAAAGCCAUUGUAUCUUUUACUGUAAUAAAAUGUUGAAAAAUUUAGGCAGUACAGUAACUUUUUGAUCAUACCUCACCAAUCUGUAUACCCAUGGAAUUCUCCAUUAUUAAAUUUGCUUCUGAAAAAUCAUAGGAUAUGAGAGAAACCACGAGAAACAAUUUUCCUCCCUUUUCAGAGCAUGCUGGUAUUUCGUUUUAUACUUAUAGCAAGUUGUUUUGAUAAUGUGUUCAAAGUAAUCAGCACUGACAUAGGGGAGACGGAAAUGUUGCCACUUGAUUCUGCAUUGUAAGGAUUUGUGAUACUCAAGAAAAUAUGACAGAAGAAUGUAAUGAUUUCUGUCGCUUUUGUAUGUAAAGUAAACAUCAUCUGUUG